AUGAAGUGCGAACUUGCACAUGAACGUGAAAUGAAGAAGCUUCUUCAGCAAUCGAGAGACGAUUGGAAACUCACUGUGGCCGAGCUCAAGAAACGUUACGAUAACGCCAUGCAUGAUGAUUACGAGUGGAAAAUACGUUAUGAGACCCAAGUAGACAUCAACAAGCAAUUUGAAAGACAAAUCCAGCAGUUAGCCGAAAAAUUGAGGAACCAAAAAACCAACAUAAAGAAUAAAACAGACUUAGAUAAUAUGGCCGAAACCGACCUUAAAAGGAUGAUAAGUCAAUUGACCAGAGAGAAGGGCAACUUAGACAGUCAACUCAAAGAUUUCGAGUGGCGACUCGACCAGGAAGCCAAAGCUUUUAUUCGAGCUGACGAAAAACGGAAAAUGAUUCUCCUCGACAUCAGCCAGGCUAAGAAUGUAAUAAAGGAGACUGAGAGGCAGUGUGACGCAAGACUUUUUAACAUGAGAAAGAAGCACUAUAAAAGGCUACGAGAAAGAUUCAAAGUCACCUUGCCACCCUUGGAUAGAGAGUCAAAUAAACGUGUGGUCGUUGCAGAAGGGGGGUACGCCAAACAGGCAAAGAUGAAAAGUGAGAAGAAAAAACCAAAGAAUUCUUCUCGCAUGUUGAACCCUAAGAUGGGACCAGCGAAAAAAACUGCUUUAGUUAAUAAAUUACCACCUAUUCAAGACGAUAUGCCAAAAGUGUCCGGACCAAGUGUUAUUGAAGUUUCGUUUUCAAGACAUAGAGCCACUGACGUUAGAAAUGAGUAA